CGGGCGGACGGGAGGCAGGCCGGUGAUUUUCCACUAGUGAUGAUGUCUAAUGGUCACCCAUGUUGAGAGACAAAGGUCAGAAAAAAGCUCAUAAACUAAAUUUACCGCCGCUGCUGUUAUUCAGCACUCUGUCGCCACACAAUACAGAAGAACACAAGAGCUUUACAGAGGAAUAAAAGGAAACACAACGCAUAAGCAUGGCCCAAAAAGAGAAACUACAAUGUCUAAAAGACUUCCACAAAGACAUCCUGAAACCUUCCCCCGGAAAGAGCCCAGGCACGAGGCCGGAGGACGAAGCUGAGGGAAAACAUCCCCAAAGGGAAAAAUGGGCAAGCAAGCUUGACUUUCUUCUUUCAGUCGCCGGGGGCUUCGUAGGUUUGGGAAACGUUUGGCGUUUCCCGUACCUCUGCUACAAGAACGGCGGAGGGGCAUUUCUCAUCCCGUACUUCAUCUUCCUGUUCGGUGGAGGCUUGCCUGUGUUUUUCCUGGAGGUGGCGCUGGGCCAGUACACCUCUGAGGGAGGGAUCACCUGCUGGGAAAAACUCUGUCCCAUCUUCACAGGUAUCGGCUACGCAUCCAUUGUGAUCGUUUCUCUACUGAACGUCUACUACAUUGUCAUCCUGGCCUGGGGUUUGUACUACCUGUUCCAGUGCUUUCAACCAGAGCUCCCCUGGGCAAGCUGCAACAACAAAUGGAACACAGAAAACUGCAUUGAGGACACCCUCCGCAAGAACAAGACCCUUUGGGCCAGUGCAAAUGCCACUAACUUCACUUCCCCCGUCACUGAGUUCUGGGAGCGAAAUGUUCUCAGCAUCUCUGAUGGUAUCGAGGAUGUGGGUCAUAUUAAAUGGGACCUGGCUCUUUGUCUUCUUGCUAUGUGGGUCAUCUGCUUUUUCUGUAUUUGGAAAGGUGUGAAGUCCACUGGGAAGGUUGUUUAUGUCACUGCAACAUUCCCGUUUGUAAUGUUAAUCGUCUUACUGGUACGUGGUGUAACUCUUCCUGGGGCAGCCGAGGGCAUCAAAUUCUAUCUGUACCCAAAUUUGACUCGCCUUGGAGAUCCAGAGGUUUGGAUUGAUGCGGGGACGCAGAUUUUCUUCUCCUACGCCAUUUGUCUCGGUGCCAUGACGUCACUGGGAAGCUACAACAAGUACAAAUACAACUGCUACAGGGACUGUUUGCUGCUUGGAGGCCUGAACAGCGCUACCAGUUUUGUGUCUGGCUUCGCAAUAUUUUCCGUCCUGGGCUUCAUGGCACAAGAACAAGGGGUGGACAUAGCCGAUGUGGCAGAGUCAGGUCCUGGCUUAGCCUUCAUUGCCUACCCUAAAGCUGUGACCAUGAUGCCACUGCCUACUUUUUGGGCUGUUCUUUUCUUCAUCAUGCUUCUGCUGUUAGGCCUCGACAGUCAGUUUGUUGAAGUGGAAGGGCAGAUCACAUCCUUGGUGGAUCUGUAUCCAUCCUUCCUACGGAAGGGUUAUCGGCGUGAAAUUUUCAUUGCUAUUAUUUGCUUUGUGAGCUUCCUGUUGGGAUUAACCAUGGUUACCAAAGGUGGCAUGUAUGUGUUUCAACUCUUUGACUACUAUGCAGCCAGUGGUGUGUGCCUUUUAUGGGUUGCAUUCUUUGAAUGUAUUGCCGUAGCAUGGGUUUAUGGCGCGGAUAAUUUCUAUGAUGCGAUUGAAGAGAUGAUUGGUUACAGACCAAAUCCCUGGAUGAAGUGGAGUUGGACUGUGGUCACACCUCUUCUGUGUGUGGGAUGUUUUGUCUUCUCAUUGGUCAAGUAUACGCCCCUGAGGUACAACAAAAUGUACGAGUACCCUGAUUGGUCCAUUGGAGUCGGCUGGAGCCUCGCGCUCGCUUCCAUGAUCUGCAUACCGAUGGUGGUCGUGAUCAAAAUUAUUCAGUCAGAUGGACCUCUCAUUGAAAGGAUCAAAGCUGUGGCAGCACCCGUGCGUGGAGGGGCGAGUUCAUGCCCCAAAGACCACCGACCCAAAAACAACGAGCUGGUGCAGCCUUUGGAUCCCAACUGGAAUGGAAGCUUGACGAAGCCCCCCACCCACACCGUCGUAGAAACUAUGAUGUGAACGCUCUCUGUGAGAGGAUAUAACAUGACCUGCUUUUCCAUGAUAUAUAUAUAUAUAUAUACAGUAUAUAUAUAUAUGUAUAGUAUAUAAUCUGUAACUUUUGACAUAGUCGUAGGACCAGGUUUACAUUGCUACGCAUCUGCACUAGUCUUUGUUUUCGUUUUUUUUUUACAAAGUAAGUGAGAUUUUUUUCUGUCUGUAUUUUUAAGAUUUUUGUCAUAAUACUAUUAUAUUAAUAUUAUUGUCGCUGUUAUUAGAGAGAGAGAACCGAUCACGUACAACAGUAUCCGUAAAGUAGAACCAUAACUGUUCUAUUUUUGUAACUUGUACAUAUUUGAAUUAGUUGAAUUAUAGAGGAAUAACACAAAAGGGCUUCGUAAACAGGUGAACGCAAGUAAACAUAAAUGGUUUAAGACUAUUACCAUUGAUUUCUUCAAGUAGUAAUGUUAGUUCUCACGUGUCACUGUAGAUCUUUAAUGUUAAGAAGCUAAGUGUGUCCCGACAAACCUUUUAAACUGGGGAUUGUACUAACACAAAGGACACUACGUUUUGGUGCACUUUUAAAGUACAUGAAGUCUAACUGUUUUGGAUGCGUUUGUUUCCGAAGUCACUCGCGUGUGAGGUCGGAAAUGCACACCACACUAAUUCUAGGCAACGUCUCGAAUCCCCAUAACACAUUUAUGAGAUGUUUAGCAUUCAGCAUUAGUAGAAACUAUAGGAGAUGGGAGCUUGCCUGCUAUUGCAACUACCAUUCGGACCCCAGCAUUGGUGUGAAGGAAAUUUCCCAGCAAGCAAUUUUGCAUUUAUUGGCCGUCCAAGCACAGCAUAAACGUCUGGGCUAAAACAAAGCAAUAGCCUAAAAAUAAAUGACAUACAAUAAAUAAAAAAAUGAAACCAAACAGCUUGUUAUCACUGUUAACUUUACUUACAUGAUGAAAUAUCAGAUAUCCCACAAGUUAUUUUGGCAAAAACAACGAAUUACUAAAAGUUUGCAAAAUCAUAUGGUAAAUGACUGAAAAUACGUCAAAGGUGGUGGUGGAGCGAACUUCCGUACGCUACAUUUUUCACACCGGCUGUAAAAUGCAUUGUAAAAUGCAUGUAUACUGUUAAAAUUAAAAGUUGGAUCAACUUAAAAAGGAAAAAAUAUUUCAAUUAGUAACGUCUAAAAUAAGAUUUUUUUCACUUAAACACUUUCAACUUAAAUUUGUACUUUUUAAAACUAUUUAGGUGUUACUAAUUGAAGUAAUUUUUGUAAGUUUUUCACUUUAACUUUUUCACUUACAGUGAUAAAAUGUAAGUUUAUAAAACGUAAUUUUUACGUGUUACAAAGUUUUUUUUUAACACUAGAACGGUCGUUGUAUACCUAAAUCCGCCAGCGGUAACAUUUACCUAUACACAUAACUACUGUGUAUUAUUAUUAUACCACUGUAUUCACAAGUAAUGUGUAAAGUCAUGAACUUAUUAUUUUUAGUCAUCAACUAUGUUUUGGUCCUAUUGUCUUAUGUUGAAAGCUAGAGUAAACACUUUUCUUUACGGUGAAUAUAGGCUAAAUUGCGACGACAAUGAGAAUUAGAAGGAAAUAAAUACAUAUUUGGGUGGUGUAGUAAUGAUAACAUGUCAUUAUACACAUGUUUAAAUAUCCCUUGUAAUUUAAAUACUAAAAUACUCUAAAUGGACAAUAAAGAGGAAUAAUAAUUUACAAUUUCAAGCACACAGUUUCACCUGUUUAAUUAUUAAUUUGCUAAGUUAUAUUAUUUAUAAUUUGAGUAAGAUAACAAAAAUAUAGAUCAUUAAAACAUAGCAGUACAAAAAUUACAAAGCGAAUAUAGGCGUAUUAGGUAAAUUUGACCCGGCUAUUUUUAACAAUUUUAUGUAAACAAUUUUAAACAACAUGGGAUUGUAAAUAAUACAAUUUCAGACUGUAAAAAAAACUGGCCAGAUUCUACAAGAAAAUGCUGUUUUUCAACAAAACAGUAAAAUGCUGUAGAAUUUUAAAACAUUGCAUCGUUAACUAAAUGCAACUGGUUUCCCAAACGAAAUGAGUUAGGUUCAAGGGUAUGAAUACGGUAACUUACAAUAAAAUAUAGGAGAGCUGUUAAUUUAUGAUAGUAGAACUGUAAAUUAACAGUAGAUUGCUGUCAACAUAGCUGCCAGUAGUUUACCAUUAUACUACGGCAUAUUUUUACAGUGUAAAAGUCAAUGAUUGGGAGACUUUAUUGAAAAUCUGUUAUGUACGUUUAAAAACAGCCAUGGGUAAAUUUUACUCUAGUGUUAAGUAGAGCAGCUUUCACUUUUUACAGUGUACAAUAUGUUAGAUUGCAUUACAAUUGUUUUUUUUGGGGGGGGGUCUUAGUAUAUCAGGGUCGUAAUGUAGCUAAGCUAUACGAAAGUAUAUUUUCAUUAGUCACCCUUUCACCUUUGUUAAGAAUGCACACAUUUUUAUUUUGGGGAUGUUGGAAGGUGAAAGUUGCCUCAUUUUAAAACCACGUAGAUUCAGGGGAAGUUGAUUUUGUUUGGUGUAUCAACUCUAAGCAGUUUUUAUUUCCAAUCACAUUUGCCUUUUGUAUUAGAAGUCACUGUAUUUGACUGAUAUGUUCAAUAAUCACCAAUAGAUCUCAUCUACAACUGUUAAUCAAAAAAAGCUUGCUAUGAAUUAUUAUGUGCAAUACUUUGUAGAACAAUAAGCGUUGUUCCUUUCUUCACCCGUCUUGCAAAAAGUUGGUACUACUUGGAAGUGUGGCGUUUUGUAUACCUUAAGGUCUAUGCUAGAAAUGAUGAAAAGGGGCCAAUAUAAGCUACCGUACACGGUAUGCUUAACUAACACCAAAAAAACUCAAUGCAGUUCUACUCACUGUGAUUUAUAUUUUUUCAAUUUUAAAUAUACAAAAAAUGAUGCGUAAAUAUUAGCAUUACUGCCAAUAUAUGGAUUCAAUUUAUUAUUUUUCUGACUUGGCCAAGUUGAACUCAAACUGCAGCCAAUUGAAAAGGGAGAUGGUACCGUUUGGAGUGUAAAAGAAAACAAAAAACAAUUGUAAAUGUUGAAAGAGGCACAAUUUCUUAGCAAUACAGAAAUUAAUGUCCAGUCUCAGGGUGCGUUCUUUUGAACUCAUCUUUGUUUUAUUUGAAAGAGUCUUGAUUUAUUUCCCACUAUUGUAUGUGUCUUUAAACCCUUCCAUUUUUAAGAACAGUUGGGGACAGUGUUUGUAAAUUAAAGAGAAAACCUUUAUAAAGAUAAUAUGAUUAGAAAUGUUUUAUUUUUUUAUUUUUGAGGAUAUCUGUAAUUAAGUGAGUGUAUCAAUACAAUUUUACAGUACCUGAAACGAGAAAAAAAAAGAAAAAACUUUAUAUAUCUUAAUAAACAUUUAUCUUUCAAAAACC